UCGGGUGUAAUUUAUUCGCGGAGUAUUAACUGUGGUUUGCUUUCAGAGUAUAUGUGCAUACUUUUUAUUUAUUUUUUAUUUUUGGAGUGCUUCGUAGUCCUUGAGUGUGGAAGGUGGGCGUGAAGGGAGUGGUCGUGAGGGGGUUGUUUUGAUCCGCGUGCUCCUAUUUUAUUUAUUUUUUCCCAUACUGGAGAAGAAGCCGCCGGCAGCUUGCUUUGCAUAGUCUCGCUGCUCGCUCGUGCUGGCCGUAGCCUCACCUAAGGUAGUACGCUUUAGAAAUUGUGGGAUCGCACGAUCGCUUGGUUGAUCGGCGAUCUGAGAAAGUUUCCUACGGAAGUCGUUGUGUUGGAACUUAGUAAGAAAGAAAGAGAGUCUCAUUUCCAGGCGUUGCUUCAGCGUUGACGUGGUCCAUAUUCUCUCAUUCCCUCUUCUUGAAGCAUUUUUCCAGUUCCGUCUCGGGGGUCUGUAGCAGCCCUGUGGUUCUCGGCUUUGGGAUCGCUACUUAGCAGCUUGCUUUGUUUUGGUUCACCUUUUCUUCUAUUCCACCUUCGAAGUUCACCUACUUCUCAGGUCUUUUAGUUUCUAUUUCGGAGCUUCCCAAUCCCCGAUCCCCGAUCGACUCUCUCCUUGAGUUUAAGAUUUGGGUGCUCAGUGGGGCUUCUGUAGGGCGGCGAGUAAUUUUCUUGGACUUGUUUUCUUUGCUUUUAUCCCCCCUCCAUCCCUCGUCUCUUUUCUUUUAAAUCUGGUUGAUUUCUCAACUUCCCUCCCUUUCUGUUUGUCAAAACAUUUCAGUGUUACGUCAGGCCUGUGAUUCCUGACGCAUAGGAAGCGAGCGAUUUCUUUUAGCAAGCUGGCCUCCCUAGAGACUGAGAUGGCUCGCGGGUGCUCCCACUGUGGUCAUAACGGUCAUAAUUCAAGGACAUGCCCUGAUCGAGGCGUGAGGCUGUUUGGUGUUAGGCUCACAGAUGGGGUGAUGAGGAAGAGUGUGAGUAUGGGUAACCUAAGCCACUACGCCAGCCCCAAUAAUCCUUCUUCUCCACCUAGUCAUUCCGAGUCUGGAGCAGGUGGCGAUGGCUACGUUUCAGAUGGUCUCGUACAGACAUCAAACAACACCAGGGAAAGAAAGAAAGGUGUACCUUGGACGGAAGAGGAACACAGAUUAUUUUUGCUAGGGCUUCAGAAGCUUGGCAAGGGAGAUUGGAGGGGUAUAUCAAGAAAUUUUGUGCAAACCAGGACACCAACCCAGGUGGCCAGUCAUGCGCAGAAGUAUUUUAUCAGACAAAGUAACAUAAACAAGCGAAAGAGGCGAUCGAGUCUUUUCGACAUUGUUUCUGAAACGGGUCCUACCCCGAUAUUGGAGGAGCCAACAACCAAGGCUGUUCCUGAUAUGUCAGCCCCUCUGCAUCAGCUAAGCUUAGGACCAAAUUCUACGUACCCGGGGGUAUUCUAUGAUCCUAACAGUUCACAUGGAUUUAUUAGACCUUUUAUGCUGCCUCCAACCUCCUUGGCUGUACCCAUUAUGUCCAUGGGACCUGUCGCGUUGGGGGCUUCGGAACAGAUACCUGAGACAUCUGCCGUGAACUUCAAUGGAGAUGCAGCUCGCGCAAUGAGACCAAUGGGCAUUCCUGUCUCCGGACCUAGCGGUGCAAUGGGUAUUCCCUAUCCCUUCCCCAUGUUUUCAAUGCUGCCACGGGGAUACAACCGGCCCGUAAACUCUGCGGAUUCUAAGGUGUUAAGGCCCACAGCGAAGUUGUCAACAGAACCUCUGAAUGUUGGCGUCGAUGAGACGAAGGACAUGUCGCAAUUAAACUUGGGACUAUCUACUCCUGAACCCUCUCAACUUACUCUGAAGCUCUUGGAUCAACCAUCGAGGAGCUCGUCUGCGUUCCAUGUCAGCACAAGCAGCAUCAACUCAAGUAGCAAUGCGAUUGGUGUGGUGUGAGGGAGAACAAAAAGAAUUCGAGGUUUUGAUUUGAUGCGGAAUUAGAGUUGAGUUGUGUUGAGUGAGGUGUAGAUAUGGUGCUUACAGAUGUGAUUCAUCCUGGCUGGCGUUGGGUGUAAUUCAUUCUGGAAAGGAAGGGCGUCUGUGGUUCUGUAGACUAAUUCUUAUGUAAAUAGCUACGAAUUCAUUUCUCUGCCAUAUGCUGCUCAGAUGCCAGGUUGUAAACUACGAAAUCAGUGGGCAGAGAGACAACAGCUUGGUGGCGGCUUGUCCCUCCUGCCAAAGGGGUUAUAGCCAACGGAACGUUGAAUGUAACAAUCAAUCCACAGCGCCUUGCCAGCAAAGGCACAAGGCUGAGGUGCAUUGAAUUCUGGUCUGCCGGUUAGCCAUAUCCGUAUAAUCGCGGCUUGGCUGCUUUUGAGGUUUUCAUAUCCUUUUAGGGCUUAUGACCCUUCCAAUUUGACGAAAUGAACUGUGUUUCUGGACGUAAGUCGUUUUGAAAUCAAAUAUACCGCUAUAGUUUUUCCUUGAA